GAGCCAGCCCCCGGGAGUAUAAAGGCAGCAACGGGCAGGCAGGUAACUGCCAGUGGCGGGCAGCUGUGCGGAACAUCUCUCUGCGCUACCGCGGGCUUGCGCUCGGCAGCGGCGCCCCAGCCCACCCAGCGUACAGCUACCGCGCGGGUCCCUUACCUCGUGCGGGCCGGAUCUGACCCCCCCCCCCCCCGGCUUCAGCUCGCUGCCGCUUGGAAGAUGCUGCUGGGCGCGGAGGGCGCGGCCCGCCUAUGUGUGGCGCUGGCGGCCGCUUUGUGCUGGGCAGCGUCGGCGUCGAGUGCCGGGUUCGGCUCCAGCCUCCUCAACUCCAACGCCAUCAAGAACCUGCUGCCAGGCGGCGCCGCCGGGCAGGGGGGCUCCUUCGCCAGUGCCGCGCCCGCAGACUCGGCCCUGCUCGAGGCGGGCAACAAGCACCAGGCCGUCGAGACCCACCAGCCUUUCACGUGCUCAGAGGACGAGGACUGCGCCCCGGACGAGUUCUGCUCCGGCGCCCCGCGCGGGGCCGGCUCCGCAGUCCCGCUCUGCCUCGCCUGCAGGAAACGCCGGAAGCGCUGCCUGCGCCAUGCCAUGUGCUGCCCGGGCAACUACUGCAAUAACGGGAUGUGUGUGCCAUCUGAACAAGGUCACUUUCUCCCCGGGGAGAUGGAGGAGACCAUCAUCGAGAGCUUCAGUCCUGACCAUGGAAUCCCAGACUUGCAUCCCAAAAGGACCACAUCCCCAUCCCAGCUGCACCACCUGAAAGGUCAGGAAAGUACCACCUGCCUCCGCUCUUCCGACUGUGCUGCUGGAUUGUGCUGUGCACGUCACUUCUGGUCCAAGAUCUGUAAACCUGUCCUUAAGGAAGGCCAAGUAUGCACCAAACACCGAAGGAAAGGCUCUCAUGGCCUGGAGAUUUUCCAGCGAUGCUACUGUGGAGAAGGUCUGUCCUGUCGGCUACAAAGAGAUUAUGCAACCACCAACUCUUCCAGACUGCAUACUUGUCAAAGACAUUGAACACCACUCCUCACUACAUAUGAUGGACUUUGGAGGAGGUUUCUGGGCAGUGCAUUGUUUGGUUUUUUGGCAGUUCAUCUCUAAGGAUGUACAGAUUUGGAAGUUACACUAAGUACUCUGCUAUUUCCCCUUCCUACAGCUGGAAUAUGAAGUUUGUUUCUUUAAGAAACUUUCAGUGACUAAUUGCAGUAAAUUACUGUGUUGUAAAUAUUCAGUGUGGCACUUAACUGUACAUAUUCCAGAAUUUUAAUUUUUCUAAAGGUGCUGCAUGAUCUCUAGUCUGCUAUUGUGACACAUCUUGUACACACUGGUUUUAUAUCUUCCUAAGUCUAUGAAUUGUCCAUCUGGAAGUGAAAUAAAUAACUUAAAAAAAAAAAACACCUGGCAUUUACUGAUAAUAAAUUUCUCCCUACCUCUGCUCUAAAUGAAGAACCAUCUGAAGUUGAGCUUAAAUAACACAACUUGUUAACUCUACAAUGUGAUGUCCCAAACGGAUGUACACUUGUCAUAAAAAAAAUUAUAUGCAUAUAAACUGAUAUGUCUCCUUUUCUUA